UGUCUCUCUCUCGCUCUCUUUCUCUCUCUCUCGCUCUCUUUCUCUCUCUUUCUCUCUCUCUCUCUGUCUCUCUCUCUCUGUGAUUUGGAUAGACAGCCUGACGGUUGGAACUCAACAUGCCAGUGAUGUCAACGCCAGACUUCAGACUGUAACCAUGGGCAACGUGGAGAGCCAGAACGGCGAUCACGCCUUCUACGGCACCCAACAUGGCCACCUGUCCCGUAAGCACACGUCUCGAUCGCUCCGCGUCUCCAACAAGCGCCAUCAGUCCCAGUCCAGUUCUGGUUCCACCCACCGCUCCCGUGACCGUCACGCCUCGCAAGGCAAAGUGGAUCACCGAAACUCUGAGACCUCCACGCGUUCCAGCAGCACCCCUAGUAUCCCACAGUCCUUAGCGGAUCACGCCCUGGAGCCCUUCAACCAGACCAAUGUCCUGUCAGACUACUCCUCUCCGAUCUGGGUGGACCGCGUGGCCAUGAACCUCCGGCCCGUCUCCUGCCAUACCCACCUAGACAACCCGUCUGUAACACUCCCAGAGUCACCUGGGACUAGACCCCACGAACCCCAGGGUCUACAGGACAGAGGACUGGGCCUAUACAGUAACGCAGGGGAGGCGACCUACCUUCAGAAGACUAGAGACGGACCUAGGGAACCUCGAGAGGUGGUCAGCUUCAAGAAGAAGAGAUCCAAAUCAGCUGACAUGUGGAGAGAAGAUGACAGUCUGGACUUCAGUCUGUCAGACCUCAGCCAGGAACAUCUCACCAGCACAGAGGAGAUCAUCGACACAGAGGAGGUAGAAGACUUCCCUGAUUGUGACGGCCUGCUGGGGCUCGUGUCCCCUGAGGGUCUGGAGAGUCUGGACGCAGCAGGCCGAGCCAACUCCCUGGACCAGCUCUACGGGGGUCAGAAGACCCCGACUCGCCGCCCCGCUGGACGCUACGCUAAGUGGCACCAUGACGCUAACCGCUCCGACCGAGAGGGUGAUAAGAUGGUGUCUCCGGAAGAGGAGGAUGAUGGGAACUCGUACGGAGCGUAUACUCUGCCCUGCCGACGCUCGCACUGCCUGUCUGAGGGGCUAACCAAUCCCCGGGCUGCCACCUGCUCCACUAUGCAGGGACGCAGGGCACAGACCAUACAGGAUGUGACUGCUGGAGAGGGCAGUGAGUACGAGGACAGUGGCAUCGACGGGGUGACGGCUUCGGGGGCGGAGCAUCAGUCCCGGCGCUAUAAGACCAUGUCUAUGUCCUUCUCCGUGUGCUCGGCGGCGGGGCGGAGCCUGUUCGCUGGCAGCGACAGCGGAAGCAGCAGCGGGGGAGGAGCCAGUGAGGGGGUCCAGGGGGUCUACGAGAACUUCAGACAGGAGUUGGAGAUGAGCUCAUGUCAGACAGAGAGUCUGGAGGAGGCGGGGUCAGCCCUGAGUGAUGAGCAGAGCACCAUGAGUUCAGCCUACCAAUCAGAUCCCCUGCACGGCGUCGUCCAGGGAACCGUGCGGAAGGCGGGCCGACUGGCCGUCAAGAACUUCCUGGUUCACAAGAAAAGCAAGAAGGUGGAGUCAGCCACCAGGAGGAAGUGGAAGAGCUACUGGGUCUGCCUCAAAGGAUGCACUCUCUUCUUCUACGAGACGGACGGACGGUCGGGGAUCGACCACAACAGUGUCUCUAAACAUACGGCGUGGGCUGAGAACAGUAUCGUCCAGGCCGUCCCUGAACACCCCAAGAAGGACUUUGUCUUCUGCCUCAGCAACUGUCUAGGGGAUGCAUUUCUCUUCCAGACGUGCAGUCAGACGGAGCUGGAGAACUGGAUCACGGCCAUCCACUCGGCGUGCGCGGCGGCCGUUGCCAGGCAGCAUCACCGGGAGGACACGGUGCGUCUGUUGAGGACGGAGAUUAAGAAGCUGGAGCAGAAGAUCGACAUGGACGAGAAGAUGAAGAAGAUGGGAGACAUGCAGCUCAGUGCCGUGACCGAUACAAAGAAGAGGAAGACCAUACUGGACCAGAUCUUUCUGUGGGAGCAGAACUUGGAACAGUUUCAUAUGGGUUUGUUCCGGUUCCGCUGUUACCUGGCCAGUCUGCAAGGAGGGGAGCUGCCCAACCCCAAACGCCUGCUAGCCUUCGCCUCCAGACCCACUAAAUUGGCCAUGGGACGCCUCGGAAUCUUCUCUGUGUCGUCCUUUCAUGCUCUGGUGGCAGCCCGUACAGAGAGCGGGGGGAGGAGACGUACCCAGGCCAUGUCACGUACCUCCUCAUCUAAACGUAAGAGCAGGUUCUCCUCUCUGUGGGGCCUGGACACUACUUCCAAGAAGAAGACCACAGUCCACCCCACCAUCAACCAGGUCUUUGUUGAUGGGGAGGAGCCAGUGAAAAAGCCUCUGGACGGGAUCUAUGAUGUGGACACUGCCAGGGAGAGAGGGGUAAUACUCGUCAACUCAGACAGUCACAUGACAGACAGUGAUAUCUGGGUGCCUGACCACCUGACCCCGUCCUGGGUGUGUCUUCCUAACGACCAGCCUGUCCUCGUCAUCAUCCAGCCUGGAGAGUCUGCUCUGGACGCGCUGGAGACCAUCUGCAAGGCCCACCAGCUGGAUUCCACCAAACAUUACCUGCGUCUCAAGUUCCUCAUGGAUAACCAAGUCCAAUUCUACAUCCCUAAACCUGACGAGCAGCUGUGUGACUUGCUUUAUAAAGAGAUAGAGCUGGGCUCCAAAAUAACCAAAGUCAUCCAGUUCGACAGGGAUGAGUCCUGUAUGAUUGGCUACGGGUUUUCCAUCUCAGUGGUAGAGGAGGAUUUGGUGCAGCAGCUCUACAUAACCGAUGUAAAGGCGGGAGGAUUGGCCUUCGCUAGAGGUCUGAAUGCGGGCGAUGAGAUCUUGCAGCUGAAUGGGAAAGACUCGUGCAGAUUGAAGUUCGGGGACAUGAAGGGGGCGUUUUCCCAGGCCUCUCUGUCCCUGACCGUGAACACACUGCCCUCCACGGACCGACGACAAAUCUGUUACCUGCCCCCCCGACGCUCUGAUGCACAGGAAGUCCUCCACACAGACAUCUUCUCUAUGAACCAGGAGGAGAUUCUGGAUGACGGGGUUGGUCUGAUGCUGGAUAGUUCUGGAGACAGCCUGGACGACGACUCUGAGAUCUUCAGCGAGGCAGACCAAUGCAGAAAGCCUCCCAUGUCUGCCCUGAAGAGGAGCGAGCGCUCCUCAGAGUCCAUCUCUGACAUGCUGCAUCUGAGUACGGAGCAGGUCGCAGCAUUCUGCCGCAGUCUCCAUGAUAUGAAUCCGUCUGAGUGUGCCACGACCUCCUCAUCCCCCAGCCUGGACUCGCCCUUCCGUCCCCCUGCCAUCGGCACCGCCAGCCGCCAGCUCUCCGACGCCGACAAGCUACGCAAAGUAAUCUGUGAGCUGGUUGAGACGGAACGCACCUAUGUCAAAGAUCUCAAUUGUCUCAUCGGGAGGUACUUAACCCCGCUGCAGAAGGAGACGUGCCUCACUCAGGAUGAGCUGGACAUUCUGGUUGGGAACCUGCCUGAGAUGGUGGAGUUCCAGGUGGAAUUCCUGAAGACUCUAGAAGACGGGACCAGAUUGGUCCCAGACCUGGAGAAGCUGGAGAGAGUGGACCAGUUCAAGAAAAUCCUCUUCUCUCUAGGAGGUUCCUUCCUGUACUAUGCAGAUCGGUUUAAGAUCUACAGUGCGUUCUGCGCCAGCCACACCAAAGUCCCCAAGGUGCUCGUAAAGGCUAAGACCGAUGCAGACUUCAAGGCGUUUCUGGAAGACAGGAACCCGAAACAGCAACACUCCUCAACCCUGGAGUCCUACCUGAUCAAACCCAUCCAGAGAGUUCUGAAGUACCCACUACUACUGAGAGAGCUGUACUCACUGACAGACCCGGACAGUGAAGAACACUAUCACCUGAAUGUUGCUAUGAAGGCCAUGAACAAGGUGGCCAGUCACAUCAAUGAGAUGCAGAAGAUCCACGAGGAGUUUGGGUUGGUGUUUGACCAGCUCAUAGCGGAGCAGAGUGGAGACAAGAAAGAGGUUGCUGAUCUGUCGAUGGGGGACUUGCUGCUCCACACCAGCGUAGCCUGGAUCAACCCUCCCUCCUCCCUGGGCAAAUGGAAGAAAGAACCCCAACUGGCUGCAUUCAUCUUCAGAACAGCCGUGGUGUUUGUGUGUAAGGAUGGAUCCAAGCAGAAGAAGAAAAUGGGUGGCUCCCAUCGAGUGUCGUCAGUCUCGUCUGAAGACAAGGACCCAUUUCGCUUCCGUCACAUGAUCUCCACAGACGCGCUCCAAGUCCGAGCCCUCAAUAACCAAGACGGAGAGGGCUCUGCCGUGUGUGAGAUCGUCCACGUCAAGUCCGAGUCAGAAGGACGGCCGGAGAGGACAUUCCACCUGUGCUGCAGUUCUGUGGACAGUAAGAAGGACUUCCUGAAGACAGUCCACUCCAUCCUGAGAGAUAAACAACGACGCCAGCUGAUGAAGACAGAGUCUCUACCUCCCAACCAGCAGUAUGUCCCCUUCGGAGGCAAACGCCUCUGUGCCCUGAAGGGAGCCAGACCUGCCAUGAACAGAGCAGCGUCAGACCCGGCGAGGACCCUGGGCCGGAGGAAACUGGUGAGGAACCGGUUCACUAUCGACACAGACAUCGUCUUCGACGGCGAGCCGGACCAGGAGUCCCCUCUGUCUCCACUGUCUUCUGAAGAGCCUGAUGGACAGGGACAAAGGGAAGGAAAGGAACAGGGGGAGGUGCAGGCAGGGGAUACAGACCGCUGGGUGGAGGAGCAGAUUGACCUGGAGCGCUACAAGGCGCAGCAGGAGGCGCAGCAGGAGGCGGAGGUGAAAGGAGGAGGAGACGUGAAAGAAACAGAGAUGUUUAGUGGUGAUGAUGAUUUCUGCCUGUCUGUCAGAGGACCCUCCACUGAAUCACUGUCCAACACAGACCUAGAUGGGCCUAUCGGGUCCCUGUCCCUGGGAGAGGAAGGCCAAGAGAGGGGCCUUAAACACCCCCAGCCCCAGGGCGCCAUGGGGACCACCACCCCAGGGAUGAGACUUUCCCACCUGGGGAAGCAGCGUGGCCUAGCUGGGAUGAGUUUGGAUGACCAAGGGGCUAGGGAGGAAGGCGAGGACAUCUGGCUACGCAGGGAGAACUGUCCCCCGGACUCAGGGGGUCAGACACUACAGAGCUAGAGUACAAGAUCAGCAGGUGGUUACAGACAGUCUGUCUCACCACUCAGACAGAGAGCUUUAUAUGAGUUACAAAUGGCACCCUUUUCCCUAUUUGGGGCCCAUAAGGUUCUGGUCGAAAGUAGUGCACUAUAUAGGGAAUAGGGCCCUGUCUAAAGCAGUGCACUAUAUAGGGAACAGGGCCCUGUCUAAAGCAGUGCACUAUAUAGGGAAUAGGGUUCUGUUCUAAAGUAGUGCACUAUAUAGGGAAUAGGGUUCUAUAGGGCCCUGGUCUAAAGCAGUGCACUAUAUAGGGAAUAGGGUUCUGUUCUAAAGUAGUGCACUAUAUAGGGAAUAGGGCUCUGGUCUAAAGUAGUGCACUAUAUAGGGAAUAGGGCUCUGUUCUAAAGUAGUGCACUAUAUAGGGAAUAGGGCCCUGGUCUAAAGUAGUGCACUAUAUAUAGGGAAUAGGGCUCUGGUCUAAAGUAGUGCACUAUAUAGGGAAUAGGGCCCUGGCCUAAAGUAGUGCACUAUAUAUAGGGAAUAGGGCUCUGGUCUAAAGUAGUGCACUAUAUAGGGAAUAGGGCUCUUCUAGUCUAAAGUAGUGCACUAUAUAUAGGGAAUAGGGCUCUGGUCUAAAGUAGUGCACUAUAUAGGGAAUAGGGCUCUGUUCUAAAGUAGUGCACUAUAUAGGGAAUAGGGCUCUGGUCUAAAGUAGUGCACUAUAUAUAGGGAAUAGGGCUCUGGUCUAAAGUAGUGCACUAUAUAGGGAAUAGGGCCCUGGUCUAAAGUAGUGCACUAUAUAUAGGGAAUAGGGCUCUGGUCUAAAGUAGUGCACUAUAUAG